AUGGAUGAUGACUUCAUGAGAGCGGUAAAUAAAUUUAAUGCAAAUUUGGGGAUUCACAAGAAAAGUACUGUUAGGGAUCUGAGUGACAAAAAAGAAAAAAAGGAAAAGGUUGAUGAUGAAAAUGUCAAUAAGCUGAAGGAAGAUUUGGAGCUUCAUUAUAUACACAACUCGAACAACAAAAUAUGCCAAAAGUUUUUGACCCUGCCCUUGAGCGCCAAACCGGACAGACUGAAUAACCACUCGGAUAAGGUCAUACUGCCAGUGUCCAUCUUGAAAACGCUCGAGAAGGGAUUCUACCGAAACGAAGUGGAGUUCCCAUACACCUUCAGCCUGAAAAACGUACAAAACAACUACAUCACGCAUGUGUGCGUUUUAGAGUUCAGUUCAAACGAAGGAAUUAUACACGUGUCAGAAAAUGUAAAAGAAAAUUUAGGCAUCAAACAGAACAGCGGAAUCGUACGCUUAUUAGUAACCUAUGCAAAUAUACCCAAAUGCGAUUUUAUCAAAUUUGAAUCAUUAAAUGAAAAUACCAGUAAUAUAAAAUUUAUGAAAAAUUUACUACAAAAUGAAUUGAACUUAAAUUAUAGUACCUUGACCUUGGGCGAUUAUGUGCAUAUUAACAAUUUAAGCUUCUACAUAAGUGAGUUAGAACCAGAUAAUGCCGUAUCCCUAAUAAAUACUGAUAUCACCGUCGAUAUAUGUGAAAGGAAAAAUGUAGGUGAGAAAAAAGACGAGUCUUCAAAUUGUCUAAGUGACUUUUAUGAACCCAUAAACACAACAGAUGUGACCAUUAACAGCACUAUUAGAAAAGGAAUGAAAAAAUAUAAAUACUUUUUCCAUUACUCUGUUUUGGAUUUGCUCAAGAAGGAUAAAAUUGAACUAAACAUUUCGCUGCAUUCCAAUGGUGCACAUAAUGAUCUUGAUCUGUAUGUGUCCUUUCCUCCGUACGACUCCGUGUCGGAUGUCCUGCACCAUUUGCACUUUGACGAUCUUACUAAAGAUGUCACCAUAAAUAGGGACCUGAUGAUCAAGUCCUUGAUGUUGCACUUUGCCUGCUUUGCGAAGGAGAGUGGAGAUGGCCACAGGGAUGGAGUUCCUCCAGAGGGUGAUGCGGAAAGUGUGACUUCAAGUGCGCCUCACCUAAAGGAAGACCCCUUCCUUGAAUACCUAUACGAUCAGUAUUUCCCCCACCUAAUGUACAUUGCCAUUUCGUGUUCAUCCGAAACGGAAGUGGAUUACACUUUGUCGAUGAAAGUCAGCAAUGAAGUUGAGAAGGAGGCGCCUAAAGGGGGCGAAGCACAGGGCAAGCUUGCCCCCCCCACGGUCAGCACAGCCAUGAGGCCAACCGAACAUUCGAGCAGCGGUCAAAAAUUCAUAAAAUGUAACAAUUGCCUAAAAGAGAUUCUUGAGAAUAACAUAAGCAUGCAUCAAAUUCACUGCCUCAAAAAUAUCUCCUUAUGUAAUAUAUGCAAAAAGAGUUUCCCCAAAAAAUAUAUUUUCAAUCAUACCCAUUGUAACAUAUGUAAUGAAGGCAUAAAUACAUCCGACAGGAAGAAACAUAAUUACACAUGGCACACAAAAAUAAAAUGUGCAUGUGAAAAAUAUUUUUAUAAAAAACAAUUUAUUUUCCAUCAAGCCUUAUUCUGUCCGAAGAAAAUUAUUUUCUGUUCAUACUGUAACGUAUUUACCACAUCCUCCACAAAUGUAUACAAUGAAGAUUAUAUUUUGGCAAAUUUUUUAGACAAAUUUGAUGAAGAGCAAAAUUUUACGUCCAAAUCUGUCCCCUAUUAUAUGCACUUACUGCAUACGAAUUUUUCGUACUUUGUUAAAUAUAUAAAUGACACGGAGCAUGAAAAAUAUUGCGGGUCCAAGUCAGUCAUGUGUGUAUUGUGUAAAACAAACAUGCACAGGAACAGGUACUUGGCUCACUUGAUGUUUUUCCAUGACAAGGAUAAGAAGGAGUCCUUUGCUUUUAUCAAUGAAAAUUUAGAACCUUAG